CCAAUUCCAUUCCCAUUCCCAUUCCCAUCCGACCCGUCAGAAAUACUGAACAUAACGAAUUUAUCGGAGCAAUGCUUGACGGACGUCAACAUGUUCACAUCAAGUUUGACCACUUAUGCGCAGACCCUCGCGGCAUGUCAACGAGCCGGAGGAUGUACCAAAGAAGAGCAGAUAGUGCUCGACGAGCACAGUUAUGCCAUAAAGCAAUUUGAUGCUUUUGGUAAGCUUCCGGCAGGACUAAUGGAGUACACGAUAAUUAACACAGGAUCGUACUCGGAAUGCAUGGAUGUAGUGGCACCAUACAAAGUGCAAUAUUGUUAUGUGGCCGCCAGCAUCGUAAUGGAUGGGCCUCAGUUGGGACAAAUCGGUCCAAAAAUUGCUGUAUGUAUGCCAAAAAGCUGCACUGAAACGGACAUUACAAAAAUUUUGGAGCGCUUCGAUGUACAACAGUAUGUGCCGGUGAACUUUACCCUUGCAACGAAUUGUGUACCGUUGAAAAACACAUACUCCGCAAAUUUUUGGGUAUUCAUGUAA